AUGGAAGUCAGCGGCAAAGUGAAGAUGACUGCUUCUCUAUGGUUUGAAGGCUUACGAGAAGCGUGUUGCCUUCAUCGCGUUUUUAUUCUGUGUAUGAGGUCCAACCACCUUUUGAUGCGAACUGGCCAGUGUUUCCUCUUAAAUGGUUUCAUUUUCCUCGGAAGUAUAUUCGUCCUAAACUCGCUUGUGAUCCCUGCAUUGUGGUGGAUAUUACCUGACCACUGCUCACAGUUUGUUUCUCAUAAACUGUGUGACUUAAGUGGCGUUUUGAAAUUUUAUUCUUUCUUACGUCUUGCGCUCAUUCAGCUCUGUUAUGUGCUUUGGUUUUACCCAUUAUACGUCUUCAGCAUAGUUCUUAGCACAAUUUGGUACAAUGACAUUGCUAAGUAUGGGUAUGCUGCAAUGGGAAAAUCUAAGCUUACUGAAGAGAAGAGCUCGAGCCAAAACAACUCACCAACUGUACAAAAUGCUCAUCAUGUAAAAGGACCAUCUGGCUUGGGAGGGGUCAUGAUUGGAAUAGGACAGCAGGUGUACUCCAUACUCCUUUUGAGUGUGUUUUUUCUUGAGGUCUAUGCAACAGGAUUCAUACCAUACAUAGGGAAGCUGCUUAAUUUUUUACUCCUUUCCUGGAUGUAUGCAUAUUACUGCUUCGAGUACAAAUGGAACUUCAAUGAAGUGGCUCUUGACAGAAGGCUGGAUUACUUUGAAUCUUACUGGCCAUUUUUUGCUGGUUUUGGGAGUCCGUGUGUUUUGGCCAUAUUCUUUUUCUCUCCCCUUGUUAGUUAUGGGAUUAUGGCAAUACUUUUCCCACUGUUUGUUCUAACUGCAACUGGGUCGGAGUCUGAGCAAGAAAUAUCCCUUGAGAAACACAAAUGGAGAGCCGCAGGAAUGGAAAGACUUCCAAUAUUUUAUGUUGCAGACAAAGUAUCACUGUGGAUGUUAUCUCUUUUGCCUCUGGAGAAAGGGGACCAGGUGCAAGACAGAAAAGCACAAUAA